AUGGACGCCAGCGACCCUCAGACCGUCUGCGCAGCCGUUGUCGUGGCUCUGGUUGUGUAUGGUCUCUUCCGCUGGAGCCCUGACCCGCUCCGUCACAUCCCGACUGUCGGCGGCCCGACCGCCUCUCUUCUGUCAUUCGUAUCCACUUCCCAGUGGAGGAACAAUGCACGAGACUUGAUCAUGGAGGGAUACCAGAAGUAUCCGGGGUCUAUCUUCAAGAUCGCUGCGUACGACAGGUGGAUCGUGGUCGUGAACGGAACGAGUCUCAUAGAAGACCUUCGCAAGCGCCCUGAUGAUGAGGUUUCGUUCCUCGACUCCGUAGAGGAGAACUUGAGCCUGAAGCACACUGUCGGAAGGGGUGCUGCCGAGAAUCCUUAUCACCUCAACUUUGUCAGGGAGAAACUCUCGCGGGCCAUUCCCGCGCUGAUCCCGGACUUCGUGACCGAGUUCGCCUGUGCCUUCGCGGAUUACGUGCCCACGAAGGGGUCAGAAUGGACGACCGUGGCCGCGUUCCCAUUCAUGCAGAAGGCCGUCGCUCGUGCGACCACUAAUGUAUUCGUGGGACAGCCACUGUGUCGCGAUGAGGAGUACCUCAGGCUCGCGAUCAUCUAUACCAACUCCAUUACGGACGACCGGGAUAUCAUGAAGCAUGUGCCCGGAUCCCUGCUGAAGAGUAUUGUCGCCACUGUUACGAGUGCCACUUGGAGGACGAACCGCGAAGUGUAUCCUUUCCUGAAACCUCUGAUCGACGAGCGUCGGAAGAACAUGGCUGAGUUCGGCGACGACUGGACUGACAAGCCUACCGAUCUGCUCCAAUGGCUCAUCGAAGAGGCCCCCGUGCAACGUCAAACGGACAUGCAGAUCGUCGAGCGCAUAAUGGACCUCCACUUCGCCGCGAUCCACACAUCUUCCACCACGAGCACCCACGUGUUGUACUACCUCGCGACCGAGCCCGAGUGGGUCGAGACCCUCCGGGCUGAGAUCGAGCCCAUCGUCGCCGCCGAAGGCUGGACGAAGAACGCGAUCGCGAAGAUGUGGAAGCUAGACAGCAUCUUCCGCGAGUCCCAGCGCGUGAACGGCAUCAGCGUCGUGUCCCUCACCCGCCUCGCGAUGAAGGACGUCACGCUCGCCGACGGCACCUUCAUCCCCAAGGGCACGAACCUCGCCGCGUCGUCCUUCGGCACGCACUUCGACGACGGCAUCCUCCCCGGGGCGGCGUCGUUCGACCCGUUCCGGUGGGCGCGGAUGCGCGAGGCGAGCGAGGCGGAGGCGACGAAGCACCAGUUCGUCAACACCUCGCCCGAGUACAUCCCUUUCGGGCACGGAAGGCACGCGUGCCCCGGACGGUUCUUCGCGUCGAACGAGCUAAAGGUCUUGAUUGCGUACAUCCUCCUGCACUACGACUUCAAGCUCGCGGGCGGCGCGACGACGCGGCCGGAGAACUUGUAUAUCGACGACAGCGUGGUUCCCAAUCCGACGGUGGAGGUUAUGUUCCGCAAGCGCGAGUCGACGUUGGAAUGA